AUGUGUAUUGGUUGCCAUUCCAUGAAGAAAAUUAUAGACUUUAUUUGCAACCAUGCAAAUUAUCAGCAAUAUGAAUAUGAUACCUGUAAUCAGUACUAUAAGAGGCGCAAAAAUAAAAGGCAAAAAAUAGAUCCAGUAUCAAGAAAAAAGGCAAGAAUUUUGGAAAUCAUCCCUAAAGAGAUAAUCCAGAGCAAUGAUCCUUCAAGUAGUAAUCCUCUGAGUAAUAAUCUUUCAAGUAAUGGCAAUGGUAACAGUAGCAAUCCUUCAAGCAGCAGUAGUAUUCCUUCAAGCAGUAGCAGUAAUCCUUCAGGCAGCAGCAAUUCCUCAAAUACCACUCAUAUUUUCCAGAUCAACAAUAACUCAGAUGAUCUUGAGCUAUUCCUUGAGCGUGACAGAAGCUUUGAACAAAUAAAUAACUCAUAA